GGUGGCUGAAAGCAAUGGGCUGAACCUCUGCUUGGGGGUUAACUCUCACACACUGCGCAGUCCCCCACACACACAGAGCCAUGCCCAACACCGAGAGACCGACAGUGCUAGUGGGCUGCCAGAAGAUAACUUCAAAGUUGGCUUCGACAUGAGCCCGCAAGCCGACCGAAGGGAAGACACUGACUGAUGCUUUCAUUUGGAAAACAAGCAGCGUCUGAGCGUUUGGCCACCAAAUAUCCAGAAAAGCCACUUUUGGAGAGCGCACCGAAGCGAAGGCGCAGCCGGGAGCUAAAACACGGCGAGAGGAGGAGGACGAGGGGGAACUUCAUCGCGAUCAGAAACACUGAAGCAACUUGUCUUUUGCGGGACAAAUGAGUUUUUGAUCACAUUGACACUGGUGUUGUAGCCCGAGAGCAGGACUGUCGCUAAUCGCUGCGCCGCUUUCUCGGAAGACGCGCGUCAAAGUUUGGAGAGCGGAGCUGCGCCAUUAUAAAGAAAACCCUGGUAACAAUUUAUUGUUAUUGUCAAGAACUUUACUCGCCCCGUCCACUUCCCGGCUAUCGAUGUCCGUGUACCAAGUCAAACAGCAGCUACUUUACCGGAAAGAUGUCCAUCAAGAGAAAAACUCUUGCCUGAAACAUCUCAGAGACUGUAAACAUCGCUUCAUUUGAGUCCAGUUCAGAAGGAGGUGCGUGUUCAGCUCCGGCACACACACACACACACACACACACACACACACACACACACACACACACACACACACACACAAAAGUUACCGAGAGAGAGAAAGUGCGAGAACUGAGCCAAGCUCUCGAGACAGACUUUAUGAGAAAGAGGCUUUCUGAAGUUGUGAAGAUAAAAGUGGGAUCAUAAAGGUCAGAGUGAUGAAGAUGAGAGAUACUUCGAGAAGAAACACGGCGGCGAAUCCUCCGCAACUGUGAGUCAGUGCGCUUCGUGAAAGGAGGGGGGGGAACGAGCCUGACGUUUCCCUGUUGAAGACCCCCCCGUGAGCCGGGCAUAACAAGAGAUUUGGUGUGUUGUGCUGUGUUGUUGGGGGAGGCUGGAUAGUAAAGAGAAAAGAGACGGAUAAAGUCUGAGAGUGAAGCGGCUAAUUGCUUAGUCCGUCCCUCAUUACCAUAUCCAAUGCGCGUCCGCUGGACUCCAGCCAAUCCUCCCCACCUUCACACGGUGCCAUUAAUCGCGAGGCAUUAUUCACUAUCAUAAUUAUUAUACCGACAUGCGCAAUCCGACGCACAGCAACAGCAGCGGCGGCAGCAACACCGGCUAAUUUCAGAUUUUUUUUGCCCCUCUCCCUCUCCGCCACCAGACUGUUUGCGAACUUUUCUGCGUGUUGAUUCAUUCGCUCUUCGCUGAUGUAUCUGCAAAACGCAGAGACAUCUCGGAGCGCAAAAGCAGAAGCAUCGCCAGCACCGACGCCAGCAGCAUGUCCCGACGCAAGCAAGCCAAGCCGCAGCACCUCAAGUCGGACGAGGAUCCCGCACUAGCCGGGGUGGUUUCCGAGCACGCCCGAGGUGAUGUGCUGGAUGAUGCAGACAGCGGGAAUGAGAGCCGCAGUGGCAGUGAGGAGACUCAUGUAUGUGAGAAGUGUUGCGCUGAGUUUUUCAAGUGGUCAGACUUCUGUGAACAUUUAAAGAACUGCACCAAAAACCCCCUGGUGCUCAUAGUGAAUGACAAUGAGGACACACCUAACCCCUCCCAAGAGUACCCUACAGAGCCCUCCCCUGUCCCCAGUUGCUCUAGUGAGCAGGCUGACAGUGAGGACCCCAGGGAGGGCAACCACAGUCCUGCUGGCGAGGGGGAUGACAUCCCAGAGACAGCAACCUUAAAUGGGGUCAAUGUUAUAGAGAAGGAGGACGAGCAGAUGGAGCUAGAGCUUUCUCCUGAAAAAAAUAUGGAUCUUGAAGAGAGAGAUAUGACAUCCCCUGAGCCAGAUGGCUCUCUACCUCAGCUCGACGAUGUUGUCCCCUCCACUGUCACAAACUACGCCAUGCCAAGCACCAAUGUUACCUUGGAGACUCUACAUGGCACCCGGGUUGCGGUUGCCCAGUUUUCACAGAGUGUAAGGGCAGCAGCAGGCAGUGGGGUUUCCACCAUGGCUAUUCCCAUGAUCCUGGACCAACUGAUGGCCCUCCAGCAGCAGCAGAUACACCAGCUGCAGCUGAUAGAACAGAUACGCAGUCAGGUGGCUCUGAUGAACAGGCAGUCUGCCUCACAGCCUGCUCUCAACCACCUUCACAGCAAUGCUGCUGGAAACCAGGGGUCUAUAUCCUCCUGUGUCCCUCCUGUUGCAAGUCAGCUUCAACUACACAACUUCAUCACUCCCCCUGUCCAUCAGCUGCCUGUUAGGUUGCCGGCUACUCUCAAUGGUCAAGGACCUUCACCCCUGACCUCAGCAAUAGAGGGUCCUCUCUCUCAAACGCCACAAAGUGGCAGUCAGCAGUCUAACUCUUCAAUCCCGAGCACAUCCUCAAAUAACUCGGUGUUUCCCCCACCCAGUGGUACUGGAUUGUCAUCUUUACUUCCCUCCUGCUCAUCCUCAGUCACAAACAACAACAUUAGCACUAGUAGUAGUGUAACAGGAAGUGGUGGCAUCAGCAGCAGCUCAGCUCUUCCCAGGAACUCCAGCACUCCUCCCUCACUCAGCCACAGUAGCCUCCUGAGCUCUGCCUCCAGUUUACCACUGAUACCUCACAGCUCAUCCAGCAGCGUUAUCUUCCCGAACCCACUGGCCAGCAUAGCAGCCACAGCCAAUGCGCUCGACCCCCUCUCUGCUCUGAUGAAGCACCGCAAGGGGAAGCCCCCAAAUGUGUCUGUGUUUGACACUAAGCCCAGCUCCGAGGACCCCUUCUUCAAGCAUAAGUGUCGGUUCUGUGCCAAGGUGUUUGGCAGUGACAGCGCCCUACAGAUCCACCUGCGUUCCCACACUGGAGAGAGGCCCUACAAAUGCAACAUAUGUGGCAACCGUUUCUCCACCAAGGGAAAUCUGAAAGUUCACUUCCAGAGGCACAAAGAGAAAUACCCACAUAUUCAGAUGAACCCCUACCCUGUGCCAGAGUACCUGGACAACGUGCCCACAAGCUCAGGCAUCCCGUAUGGAAUGUCUUUGCCCCCAGAAAAACCAGUAACCACAUGGCUAGACAGCAAACCUGUUCUCCCCACAGUUCCCACCUCAGUUGGGCUCCAGCUGCCUCCCACAUUGCCGAGUAUGAUGGGAGGUUUUGGCGAGUCUCCAAGCCUCACUCCACUCAACAGGUCCCCUCAAAGGCCAUCUCCACCAUCAAGCGAGUGUGCAUCUUUGUCCCCUAAUAUCAUCACUGAUUCUGGCAUGACCACUACUUCGCCCUCCCCAAAACCCAGCCUAGGGAGUGAUGCACCUCCUCUCUUGAAACCUGAAGGUGUUCUCCUGCCCCCAAACUGUUCUACUAGGCCAGGAGAGAACACCACCACCACAACCACAGUAACUCAAGUGGUACUUUCCUCUGCGCUCACCUCCACCACAUCGUCCAGCAGUGGCCAGGUCACUGAACCCAUCACUAGCCCCAACUCUGUUUCUAACCCUGUCUCCCAUCCUGUCCUUCCCAUGCUCUCAGACCAGUUUAAGGCCAAGUUUCCUUUUGGAGGCCUCCUAGACUCUAUGCAAACCUCAGAGACAUCAAAGUUGCAGCAGCUUGUUGAGAAUAUUGACAAGAAGAUGACCGACCCAAACCAGUGUGUCAUCUGUCAUCGUGUUCUGAGCUGCCAGAGUGCUCUCAAGAUGCAUUACCGCAUCCACACUGGUGAGAGGCCUUUCAAAUGCAAGAUAUGUGGGCGGGCAUUCACCACCAAGGGAAAUCUGAAAACACACUUUGGUGUUCACAGAUCCAAACCCCCACUUCGAGUCCAGCACUCCUGCCCUAUAUGUCAGAAGAAGUUCACCAAUGCUGUUGUCUUGCAGCAGCACAUUCGUAUGCACAUGGGAGGGCACAUUCCCAACACCCCAGUCCCUGAAAGCUUGCAGGAGAUGGACACUGACCUCUCCUAUGACGAGAAGAGCUUAGAUGCGAUGAGUAAUUAUGAUGAUGACCUUCUGGAUGAAAUGGAGCAGGCUAUGGAAGAUGAAGCUGACUUAAAAGAGCUAGAAAUGGACCCAUCUAAACCUUAUUCACCUGGGAGCUCCCCACCGACUUCCAUCAUUUCCAGCAUUGCAGCAAUGGAGAACCAGAUGAAGAUGAUCGACUCCACUGCCAACAUGACCCGCGCAUUUGGUCAAAAGCUUUCGCAGAAUGGCAGCAGCUUUGGAGGAGAGACUGAUUGUUUUGCCACUGAUUCCCUGUCUGUCGUGGGGGAUGCUGAAGGUCAAAGCUUGGGGAGCCCUGCUUUGUCUGAGUCCUCUGGCUCUAUGCAGCAUUUGUCCCCAGCUCACAGCCAUUCUGAGAUCCAGCUAUCCAAGUCCCCAGCUACACUCAACCAUAAUAACAACAGCAGUGCCAUGACAGCAGAGGAGGGCCAGGAAAACAAUACAGCUGGCUUGGCAACAGUGAAGUCGGAAAAAUCAGAGACCCCAUCUCCGCUUUCUGCAACUGAAGGCACCGGGGCCCUUGACCUGACUGCCACUCAACCUGGCAGGCACUUUAUCAAGGAGGAAAGCCACUUCAGCAUGCUGUUUCUAAAUAGAGAUCGAGGGCUGAGCACUCCUAAUUUGGCUAGUACUGCAUCAAACAUGAUCAAAAUGGAAAUGAAUGGACAUGGGAAGUCAGUGUCUCUGAGCGACAACUCUCACCUGCCUGUGGGUAUCCAGGUUCCUGCUGCAGCGCCCCAAACCACCAUGAGCCCCAGCAUCAACCCCAUGUUGGCACCCCCACCUCCACGACGCACUCCUAAGCAGCACAACUGCCACUCAUGUGGGAAGAAUUUUUCCUCAGCCAGUGCUCUGCAGAUCCAUGAGCGCACACACACUGGGGAAAAACCUUUUGCCUGCUCUAUUUGUGGAAGGGCUUUCACCACAAAAGGCAAUCUGAAGGUUCACAUGGGAACACACAUGUGGAACAACGCUCCAGCCCGAAGGGGUCGCCGACUGUCCGUGGAGAAUCCCAUGGCCCUGCUGGGCGGGGAUGCCAUGAAGUUCAGCGAGAUGUUCCAGAAGGAUCUGGCGGCUCGGGCCAUGAACGUUGACCCGGGCUUCUGGAACCAGUACGCAGCCGCCAUCACCAAUGGGCUGGCCAUGAAGAACAAUGAGAUCUCUGUGAUCCAGAAUGGAGGCAUCACCCAGCUGCCUGUCAGCCUCGGCGGUGCAGGAAUCACUUCGUUGGGAGCCAUGCCGGGAGGAAUGGACCGUGUUCACACUGGCAGCAGUCCUCCCAUGACGGGUAUGGAGAAGGCUGGUCUGGAUGUCGGGGCCAGCCGCCCCUUCUCCAGAUUUAUGGAGGAGAACAAAGAGAUUGGGAUCAAUUAAAAAGACUUUUCUGUAUUAUUCCAAGGUAGGCAUUUGGCAAAGACAAAGAGUCUAACAACAAGGAAAGAAAAACUGCUGAUCCAGUCUGAACUCAUGCGUACUAUAUUAUGUACAGAUUAAAUAUUUUUUGUUUGGUUUUGGAAAUAUAGUAUUUAGUAUUGAUUAGAGGUCUUUGCCUUUCACCCAUUCCCUCCUCACUUGAUAUUUCGCCUAUACGAAGAAUACUUUGUCUCUUGUUUGAGAAUAUGUCGUCUUGCAAGAUUUGCAUGGUACUUAUUGGUUUUUAUCAGUAUGUUUGACUGCUUUUAUGAAUUCCUUUGAAAACCAGGAUCCUGCCUCAGUUACGAUGGGCAAGCAUCUUGUCUGGACAGGACUAAAACAGAAAAGAACAGAGAUUUGUUAAAAGACAGUCUGGCCUUUGUCUGGCUACCUUGUUUAUGAUUGCUCUUUUAAAUAUAAAAGGGCCAUGGAUAGACUGAAGAAAAGUCUGAAGUAUAGUGUUUCUGUGCUCGCCUGAUAUUUUUUUUCUCAUGAACUAGAAAACUUGAAAAAAAUAAUGUUUGAACUAUUUUAAUCUUUACAUUUAGUCUCCCAGCAUUGUCUUAUAAUAUUGUCCUGUGUCUUUAGUAUUUAUGAUAUUGACAAAAAAGCGGGUAUACAAAAAUAUAUUUAAUGGCCCAAGCAUUUUAUUGAUUCAUUUUUUUUCUAAACUGCAGGCUUCACUGAUGAAUAUCUCUUUCAAUAAAGACAAUAUGUCGUUUGAGUUGAACAACAGAGAAAAUGGUAGGUUUUAUUUGGAUAUCUGUUGAGACUAUGUGUAUCUUGUUACACAGUGAAGAGGCUAGAGAUAUCCGAAGCUGCUAUGACCACAACCCUGCUUUUAACCUUUGUAAAAAGAAAAAAGAAGUGAUCCUUUUGAAGAAAUAUCUAUGUAUAGAAAUACAGACAAAUCUAAAACAGGUAUGCAUAUUUUGUAUCACAUAAAAAUAGACAUCAUGAGUUGAGAGUAUUUGUCAUGUUUGUGAAUGCACUUUUUAAAAACAAGACGUUUUGUCUGUGAGUUACCGUUAACCUUUUGACUGAGCUAUCUAUCACAUGCUGUUUUCAUUGUUUUCAGCGUACCUACUCCUACAAUUUGCAGAGUCGGUUCUCUGUUAUUGCAUCUGUGCUACUUGUCAGAGUGCAAACUCAUCACUCAAUCAAAACCUUCUUAAAUAAAAAAAAGAGAACAGG